AUGCUUUUCCCCCAGCUCACCUCGUCCUGGGCGGUGGUCGCUUUGACUUGCGCCUCCUCGGUGCGAGCACUGGCAUUCCCGAAGAGUUCCAUGAAGCAGCCAAGUCUUGACCCUUUCUACAAGGUGCCCUCCAACAUCAGCGCUUACAAAGUCGGCGAGAUCAUCCGAGAGCGUCCUGUCGAUACCAUUGCUGCUGGAGCAAAGAGCGCUUAUCAGAUCCUGUACCGCACCAAUACCGCCCUCGACAACGCAGACGCUACCGUCGCGACGGUCUGGGCACCUUCGAAACUGGCUCCUGGUCCUCCCAAGAUUGUCUCAUUCCAGGCACCAGAGGAUUCGGCUGCCUUUGACUGCGCACCUUCCUUUUCCGUCAUCAAAGACUCUCCUUCCAACUCUUCGGGCGACACCUUAGGCUUCUACAUCGACGCCAGCUUGUUCAACGGCUGGUACGUCGUGCAGCCAGACUUUGAAGGCUCUCUCUCUGCCUACAUCGUCGGCAAGAGCCAAGCAUACGGCGUUCUAGACGGUAUUCGGGCAAUCUUGAAGCACAAACCGACCAUUCCCGAUGCGACUGGCGCUCAAACCGUUCUAGCUGGCUACUCUGGCGGUGGCCACGCGUCAGCGUAUGCCGGACAAUACAAGCGUGCCUAUGCGCCAGAGCUCAACAUCAUUGGUAGCGCUUCUGGAGGCACGCCAGUCGAUCUCAAGCUGAUCCUGACCAACCUGAACAAGACUCCUUUUGCCGGGUACGCCAUCGCAGCGCUGGCGGCAUUCGUCAAGACUUUCCCCGACGUCAAUCAGUACCUGCGUUCCAUUCUCAAUGACCAAGGAAAGCAGGCCAUCGAAUUCCUGCAAUCUUACGCCUGCGUUCCUCAAGAACUUCUUCGCUUUGCUUUCGUCGAUUACUACACCUACUUGACUGUGCCCUAUGAGCAGGCUCUCGCUGAACCUAUCGUUGUCAAGGCUCUGGAAGAAAACUUCCUCGGCAAAGGUCCUGGCGCAGUAGUGACCGACUUUCCUCGAUACCUGUAUCACGGUAUCCUCGACGAGGUCAUCCCUCAAGCACCCGUUGCUCAAUACGUCAAGGACCAAUGCGCAGCUGGCUCCAAAGUGCGAUACCACACUGAUCUCAUCGCAGGCCACGUGCUCGAGGGUAUCGAGGGCUUCCUGCCCUCCUUCCAAUUCAUCAAAGACACCUUCGAUGGCAAGACGAAGAAUAUGGAGUGUAGCGAAGAGCACAACAUUGUCUCAUUCUUGCCAAAUCUCUACAACGACUACGCCACCAAAUUGGUCGGCAAGGCCGCCCUGAACAAAGUCAGAGCCUUGAAUGGGAAGACCAUCGCUGGUGAAAGCAUCCACUUCUAG